AUGAAUAAAGCUAUAGUCAGGAUCCCUCCAGAUAACAAUAUUGUUUGCAUUGAUUAUGAUAUUGGAUUUAAGAUGCGUUACUUGCAACGCGACAAAGAUGAAGUCGUCAGUCGUGCAUUAGCCAGAAUCAAGUUAAGUUAUAUCAAGGAAAAACAAUCCCCAAAAAAGAAAGGAAAACGCAAUCGACAACCACCACAACAAGAUUCGGAUGUACUACAGGCUUUCUUACUCGAUGGGAAUGGAAAUCGAAUAGAUGAAAAUAUCACCAACGGUAUAGCAUGGUCUCAAGCAAAACAACUCAUUGUUGGUGAUAAACAAUAUGCUAUUGAAGUUAAUCCACCCAAGAUUUUAUCCUUGCGCUUACCGGAUACGAUAAUGGCUCAAUUUCCUAUGGUACCGAUAUUGACUGCGGAAUUUACUGAUACCAUAAAGUACGAUUGGUUUACCAUAGCACCUGAUAGUAAUGAAGAGACAUUAGUUGAAUCUAAGAUUGUCAAUCACGAUUCUACGCAAAUAACGGCCUUUAUACCCCAAACUCAGCAUGUUGGCUCCAAGUUAAAGGUAGUUUGCACACCUUAUAAUAGCCAACAUACUCAAGGCUCCGAUCCUUCAUCUGUAACCGUAGCGGCAGCAAUAACUGCUGGUCCAGGUACUUGCCCUUGCCAAAUGACUCAUCUCUACACCAAGAAACGUUUAACUCAACCUGAUUCUUUCCGCAUUGUCAGUUAUAACGUGUUAGCUGAUACUUAUUCAAGUCAAGAGCAUACACAAAAAGUCUUAUUCCCUUAUUGUCCUCCAUACGCACUCAGUAUUGAUUAUCGAAAGUUGUUAAUCACACGAGAGCUAUAUGGAUACAACGCCGACAUUAUUUGUUUACAAGAAUGCGAUAAAGAUAUAUUUAACCAAUUCUAUGCUCCGUUUAUGAAAGGGUUAGGCUACGAUGGCAUCCAAGAUAGCAAAAUUAACAAUAGAGAAGGAGAAGCGACAUUCUAUCAUAUGGAUCGAUUUAAUAUGAUUGAUCAUCAUUGUCAAAGUAUUGGUAAUACCUUGAAAAAUGAUGAAAUCUUUGAACAAAUUUGUAAAUGUCCCACAUUGAAGUAUAGGUUACUUAACAGGAAUAGCAUAGUACAGAUUGUAACUUUACAACCCAAAGAACUGGAGAAUAUUAGAUUGGUAGUAGUCAAUACGCACUUUUAUUUUAGACCACAAGCUUCUCACAUUAGAAUUCUUCAGGGCUAUUCCAUGUUGAAAUGUGUAGAGAAAUACUGUGAAAAAUUCAUAGGUAAUGAUGUUCGAGUUUUAUACUGUGGAGAUUUUAAUAGUCAUCCUCGUACAGCUCUUGUUAAGUUAAUGACAACUGGUAGUGUCCAAUCCAAUGAUCCUGUAUGGCAUGAAGGCGGCGAGGAAGAAUUCUGUGAGAAUAUUUCCCUACGAAAUGACAAGAAAUGUGUUAGUUUUACUGGAUAUCCUCAAUUUACUAAUUUCGUCAAUGGAUUCGUCGAAUGUCUGGAUUAUAUAUUUGGUCAGCCGGAACAUUUUCAAGUCGAACAAGUCUUUCCUUCUAUGACAGAAGAAGUAGCUGCCGCAUAUACCGCUUUGCCUUCUGUUGUUUCACCGUCCGACCAUGUUGCUAUUGGCUGUGAUUUGAGAUUGAAGUAG